UCCCGCUACUGUGCCAUAUACUCGUGAAUGACUGUUUGACGAUACUGCUCGGAAAUCAUGGCUAUCCUCUCCUCCGCCCCGCUGCAAUUCGUAGCUUCAAUACCCCUCGCGACUCGGGUGAUCACGGCCGCGACCAUAGUUCUGUCCCUCUUCUACUACUUUCUCAGAUGGUCUGGGACUCAGGUCACAGCCUUGCCAUGGCUUGUUCUCCUCCCGGGCUCGAGUAUCUUCUACCCGUGGACGUUCUUGACGUCCGCAUUUGUUGAGAGUACCGUCCUAGAGCUCAUAUUCACGCUUAUCACCAUACCCCCAUCUCUGCGAUACCUAGAGCGGCUAUGGGGCGCAGUAGAGACCGCAAAAUUCGUCGUCGUGACCAUCACCGUCUCGAAUAUCAUCGCGUUCGGUCUGAAUUGGUUGGAGUACGUGGUGUUGGGAUAUCCCGGUCUCCUCUGGGAGCAGGCAUAUCACGGGCAAAUGGCGCUGCAAAUUGGUGUGCUUGUGGCGUUCACCCAGAUCAUACCUGAGCACCAAGUCCAACUGUUCGGUGUGAUCAAAGCGAGGGUCAAGACGUUGCCUAUGGCAUACGUGACCUUCUCGACGGUCAUGUGUCUUGUCGGCUUCCAGUGCCCGUUCAUCGUUAUCCAGUUCGGAUGGCUGGUGUCGUACCUUUGGCUCCGAUUCUACAAGAAGAACUCUGGGGAAGUCUUGAGCGGAGGACCGGCGUACGGAGACCGCAGCGAGACGUUCGCCUUCGUCAGCUGGUUCCCUCCAUUCAUCCACGUUCCCAUCACCCUGCUUGCGAACACGGCUUACACCAUUGCGAGCAAGUUCCAUCUCAUCCCGGUCGGAAACAUCGACAUAGAGGCUGGAGGGUACAGCCAACUGCCUGGCGGCGCACGCGCAGAAGCUGAAAGAAGACGUGCUAUGGCGUUGAAAGCACUCGACCAGCGCGUGGCGUCUGGUGGAUCAUCACCCGCGCCGCCGCAGAGGGGGGCCAACGGCUCUGUCUCGCGCCCCGGCCCCUCUUCAUUGAGUGAAACCCCGGCGCCCGCAGCAGCAGUUGCAGAUACCUCAUCAAAGGAGUCGUCGGAUAUUGCAGAGGGGGGUCGGUAAUAUGUGUUCUCUCUAGCUUUGCCUCGUAAUUGCCUACACUCUACGUUUCCGGUGUAUCUAUACGAGCGCCUAAUGGAUCAAAACGCGUCGCGACGCGUCAUGCAGCCCCGUCGAAGGGCUUCCUCUC